AUGCCAUCCGCAGUAAACCAAAUACACGAGCUUUGCAGAGGCCUCAGUGCCACCUGUGAUUCCAGUUCCCUUGCUUUGUAUUAUACUUAUCUUAUUCUCGAAUACUUACAUCAAAAUCUGUGUCACCUGAGAAAAUGUAAUUUGUCCAAUCCUCCGAAAUCAUGGUUGACGACAAAGGCACUCGGAAUAAUGGAAUGGGCCACUGCAGGAAUAUCAGACCAGGGAGAACACUUCUGUGUAAACGUAAGUUCAUGGAAAUUCAGCAGCCAAGAUGGGCAGAUUCAAAAACAUUCACGAAUUCCUUCGUACGGAAUUAAAGUUUUUCUUCACGAAGUAAAGAAUUCAGCUUAUAACCAGUGCAUCCUUGACGAUGACCAAAUUCACGUCUGCUUCCCAUAUUGCGCUAAGGAUAAGCAAAAGAUAGUUGAUUUCAACGAUCCAGAAACACAUCUGAAUGUGACAUCCUUUGCCGAUCCGAAAGUCUGGUGCGCUAUCUACAUUGGUAUCGAUCCUUUUGUUGGAAGUUCAUAUCUCUACGAAAUUCAACUCGCGAAAAUUAUCCGUUGA